UGGUGACAAGAGAGUGGCCGGGUCCCUACGACCCGGGGCGGAGCUCUGCGAUCCAAGUGCUCUGCUCCCCAAGCGAAGUGGGCGGGCGGCUCGGGACCCUGGCCAGGGCCGGCAUGGAGCGGUGGCGUGACCGGCUGGCACUGGUGACGGGAGCCUCGGGGGGCGUCGGCGCGGCCGUGGCCCGAGCCCUGGUCCAGCAGGGACUGAAGGUGGUGGGUCGUGCCCGCACCGUGAGCAACAUCGAGGAGCUGGCUGCCGAAUGUAAGAGUGCAGGCUACCCCGGGACUUUGACGCCCUACAGAUGUGACCUGUCAAAUGAGGAGGACAUCCUCUCCAUGUUCUCGGCGGUCCGCUCUCAGCACAGUGGUGUGGACAUCUGUAUCAACAACGCUGGCUUGGCCCGGCCUGACACCCUGCUCUCAGGCAGCACCAGCGGUUGGAAGGACAUGUUCAAUACACCCCAUUGCCCCUCUGGCCUGCGGGUGAACGUGCUGGCCCUCAGCAUCUGCCCACGGGGAGCCUCCCAGUCCAUGAGGGAGCGGAAGGUGGAUGACGGGCACACCAUCAACAUCAACAGCAUGUCUGGCCACCAAGUGCCACCCCAGUCCGUGGCCCAUUUCUACAGUGCUACCAAGUACGCCGUCACUGCGCUGACAGAGGGGCUGAGGCAAGAGCUUCGGGAGGCCCAGACCCACAUCCGAGCCACGUGCAUCUCUCCAGGAGUGGUGGAGACACAAUUCGCCUUCAAACUCCAUGACAAGGACCCUGAGAAGGCAGCUGCCACCUAUGAACACAUGAAGUGUCUCAAACCUGAGGAUGUGGCCAAGGCUGUCAUCUAUGUCCUCAGCACCCCGCCACAUGUCCAGAUCGGAGACAUCCAGAUGAGGCCCACGGAGCAGGUGACCUAGUUUCCUGUGGGGAGCUCCUCCUUCCCUCCCUGCCCCUCAAGGCUUGGCACCUGCCUCUGGAUUUGGGGUGUUGAUUUCUGGACCCUUGGAUUCCACUUCCUUUCCCCACCCCCAGCAGGGGCUAGAAAACUUGUUUGAGAUUUCAUAUAAUCUUGUCAAAUUGUUUCCACCAAAUUUGAAAAAUGGGCAGGGGAGAGGAGGUGGUGUCCCUGAUUAUUUUCCCUACUGAUUCAUUCUUGGUCUCCUUCUUGGGCUCCUUGGCCUUUGUUUGCUGUCCUUGGUCUCUUCCCUUUGACCUGGGAAAGGGGCUGUGGCCAAAAGUGGGGCUUUCCCCUAUCUUCUUGCACCCCACCCCCGUCCCUUCAGGAUGAGGCGGCAGAGGGAAGCCCUCACCUUCCGUCUGAAUGGCUUUCGGGGCUCUGGGCUUCCUCCUUUCCCUGCAUCCCACCCCCCACCCCAUCUAUUCCCCGUCCCAGUUCUCCAGCUCCACUGUGGCUUCUCAGCCUCCGGUGGGGUCCUCACUCCACUCUAUGGCAGCAGAGUACCAGGGCCUGCCUCCCAUGUGGUUUCACUGUGAUCAUUAAAAAAGAAAAACUACGACAACCUGCCUUGGCUUCAGAAGUGUCUUUCAGGUCUUCCCCCUUGCUGUGAUCAGGAAUGGUUGUGUCUCAGAGUUUCUUCCAGGAGAGUGGGAAGGUGGAUGGAUUGGGGGCAUCACUCGUGGAGUGUGGAUUACCUUUGAGCUGGGUCCUGAAAAUGGGUAGGAGUUUGCCUGC